AUGUAUCGGCAUACGGUCCCGAAAUUGGGGCGGAGCAAGUGUGCUUUCCGAAGCAUCGGAGAGAAGACGGCUUCACUGUUUGAGCGAAAGAAGAAGGAUGCCGAACAAGUCGCCUCGGAGAAGGUGCAGGAGGCCGCACAUGUAGUGGAAGACCAGGUCAAGAAGACCGGAGAGCUAGUCACCGGCGCCACGAAAACCGCUGAAGAAGCUGCCAACUCAGCUGCCGCUACAAAACAAUCGGCCAUCGAUGCUUUAGACAAAGAACUGUCUAAAGUAUCUUUAGCUGCUGGCGAAGCAAAAGAUGCUGCGAACAAGGCGGUCGCUGAUGGGAAGAAAGUUGUCGACACAACAAAAGAUACACUCGCAACUACAGUAGAUAACACAAAGAAAGCUGCUGAAACGGCAGUCAACACAGCCAAAGAUACCGUAGCAAGCGCCAUAGAAUCUACACAAAAAACUGCGCAAUCUGCCAUAGAUACUGGAAAAUCAUACGCUGUCGGUGCCAAAGAUACUGUUGCCAAUACCGUUCAUAGUACUGUAGAUACAACACAAAAGUUGACACAGUCAGCAGUAGAAACUGGCAAAACAUACGCUACAUCUGCGAGAGAUUCAGUUUCUAAUACGGUUAGUAAGACUGUAGACGGUACACAAAAGGCAGCUAAAACCGCUGCUGAUGAAGCAAAAGACACUGCCCAAAGCUCGCUGCAAACGGCCUUAGAUGCGUCGAUGACCGCCGCGUAUUCUGCUUAUGAUGUUGGCAAAUCCUAUUUUGAUAGCGCUAAAGAUACAGUAACAAGCACACUAGAUAGUACAAAAACAGCUGCUCAAAACACUGUCGAAGUAGGUAAAUCGUACGUCAAUUCAGCCAAAGAUACUGUUCAAAAUACAGUUCAGACCGCUGUUGACACAACAAAAAAUGUAGUAAGCUCAACUGUAGACACGGGAAAAACGUACGUUAGCAGUGCUAAAGACACUGUAGCAAACACUGUAUCAGCCACUGUAGAUACAACAAAAAAUGUAGCUGCGGCCGCUGUUGAAAAAGGCACCACAAUUGUAGGAACCGCUAAAGAUACGGUAACAAACACAGUAUCAGCCACUGUAGAUACAACAAAAAAUGUAGCUGCAGCCGCUGUUGAGAAAGGCACCACUUUGGUAGGAACAGCUAAAGAUACCGUAACAAACACAGUAUCAGCCACUGUAGAUACAACAAAAAAUGUAGCUGCAGCCGCUGUUGAGAAAGGCACCACUUUGGUAGGAACAGCUAAAGAUACCGUAACAAACACAGUAUCAGCCACUGUAGAUACAACAAAAAAUGUAGCUGCAGCCGCUGUUGAGAAAGGCACCACUUUGGUAGGAACAGCUAAAGAUACCGUAACAAACACAGUAUCAGCCACUGUAGAUACAACAAAAAAUGUAGCUGCAGCCGCUGUUGAGAAAGGCACCACUUUGGUAGGAACAGCUAAAGAUACCGUAACAAACACAGUAUCAGCCACUGUAGAUACAACAAAACAUGUUGCUGCAGCCGCUGUUGAGAAAGGCACCACCUUGGUAGGAACAGCUAAAGAUACCGUAACAAACACAGUGUCAGCCACUGUAGAUACAACAAAAAAUGUAGCUGCAGCCGCUGUUGAGAAAGGCACCACUUUGGUAGGAACAGCUAAAGAUACGGUAACAAACACGGUAUCAGCCACUGUAGAUACAACAAAAAAUGUGGCUGCUGCCGCUGUUGAGAAAGGCACUACAAUUGUAGGAACAGCUAAAGACACGGUUGCAAACACAGUAUCAGCCACUGUAGAUACAACAAAACAUGUUGCCGCAGCCGCUGUUGAGAAAGGCACCGCGUUUGUAGAAACAGCUAAAGAUACGGUUACAAACACAGUAUCAGCUACUGUAGACACAACAAAAAAUGUAGCUGCAGCCGCUGUUGAGAAAGGCACCACUUUCGCAGGCAAUGCUAAAGAUAGUGUAGUUAGCACUGUUUCCGCGACAGUAGACACGACUAAAAAUAUUGCAGCAUCAGCUGUAGACAAAGGCACCACUUUUGUAGGAACAGCUAAAGAUACUGUAUCAGCCACAGUAGAUAGUACGAAAAAUGCUGCAGCAUCUGCUGUAGAAAAAGGCACUGUUUUUGUAGGAACUGCCAAAGAUACUGUAGCAAACACUGUAUCAGCAACAGUAGAUAGUACUAAAAAUGCUGCAGCCUCCGCUGUAGAAAAAGGCACUGCUUUUGUAGGAUCUGCCAAAGAUAGUGUAGCAAACACUGUAUCAGCCACAGUAGAUAGUACCAAAAAUGCUGCAGCCUCCGCUGUAGAAAAAAGCACCGCUUUUGUAGGAACUGCCAAAGAUACCGUAGCAAAUACUGUAUCAGCCACAGUAGACAGUACGAAAAGUGCUGCAGCAUCUGCUGUAGAAAAAAGCACUGCUUUUGUAGGAACCGCUAAAGAUUCAGUAACAAACACAGCUUUAAGCACUUCAGACUCUUCUGAAAAUAUUUCUGACACUGCUGAGGAAAAGGUUGAAGACACCAUCCACACUACAGUUGAUAACACAAAGAGAGCAGCUGAAGAAGCUAAGGCACAAGCAUUGAAGGCUGCCGAGGCCGCUAAGGAAGAAGCCAAAAGAGCUGCCAAUGUAGCUGUAGAAGAAUCCAAAAAAGCAGCAGAAAAGGCAGCUGCCGACGCGUCCAACGCAGUGAACAGUACCGUCGACAAUACACUGAAGAGAGUCGAGCACGCCACCGAUGAGGGACUCAAGAACGCUAGCCACGUCGUCGAUGCCAAGAUCAAGGAGACUGACAAAUACCUCAGCGAGAAGAGGGACGCGGUAUGUAUAUCUGAAUAGAAAGGCUAAUAUAUAAAUAGAAAGGCUCAAAUAUUACCGUCGUUAAAUAUGUUCUAUUUUGGAUCGCUAACCAAAAUGGUUGAGAACCCCUGCCGUAUUGUGGGAAGAUUUUAGAUAGAAAUACAAAUUUCAAUAAUUAGGUACAGAUUUUUACAUUCAGUAAGUUGCUCAUAAAAACAAAAUUACUAAUAUGAAUAUAUUUUUAAUGAAAAAUGCUUAAAAAUCCACUUAGUCUCUGGCACCCUGAGAUAGGAUUCGAACCUAUGACCUAUCGCCAUCCGGGCGACUGCUCUAACCACUGAGCUACCCAGAACCUAAAAGGACUGCCGAAUCUUUCAAGCGCUUGUUACUUUUUCGAUGCCACAGAGCAUAUUCUCAUCAAUGUUCAGGCACCACUUGGUCUCUGGCACCCUGAUUACAAAUGUUAAAUUUAUAAAAUGUAUUCGUCUGAAGGACUUCUUGUGUCCAACCUAUCAUCAGCGACACAUGACGGCGCCCAGGCCGCAGCCGGCCUCCUCAGCAAGGGACUUACUCCUUUCAACAAGUAAACAACUGAACCGUCAAUCAACAAGCAUCAAUACAGAGGAAUUGAUAUAGACAAGCCUAACUUUAUCACGUCAACAGCGCAUCGAACUAUACAAAACUGUCAAUUUUCUCAACUUAAUUUUAAACCUUAAUAAUACUGACGGUAGAGUUUUUUUAAAUCCAUUAUUGAUGUUUAUGUGAUUACUCUGUAUACCUUCUAUAGCUUCUAGUGACUACUGUUGCGUAAUGUGUAUUUUAACACGGGGUUUUUUUUAAACACAGAAGCACAAUUUUGAUCGUUACUAUGAACAAAUUAAAGCUUAACAUCAAUCCAGUAGUAAUUUGGCAUCCUACAACACCCUCCACUCACACCACCUGUGUGUAAGUUGUAUUAUUUUGUGAAGGUACAACUCUGUACAGUUUUUUAUUAUGUUAUUAUUAAAUAGUUGUUAAGUGUAUCUUAUUAUAACGAUCAAAUUCUCAUUUCAUCUGAUAAUUUAUUUGUUUAAGCAUUUUUAUGAGUUAAAUAUUUAGUUCAGCAUUAUUAUUAGAAAUGUGCUGAGUUAUUACGUUAAUGUUACAUAUAUUAUGACGUCACGUCCACGGAGUUAGUUAAGGGAACUCCGUUGCAUAUUCUUUUUAAAUUAAAUCUCGGCCUACUACCACCAAUGAAAGUACAUUUAAAAUGCCCAUAAAGCUUUUAAAGUGGUUCUCACCGUAUUUCUAAUAAUGAUUAAUAGAUUACGUCACAAAACGCAAUCUCAUAUUGUCGUUAUAAAUGUAAAGUUAUCGUAAUGAUGUAAGUUUUAAUUUAAAAUUAUGCAUUUUUAAAUGCAUUUUAAAUAUUUAUCUGUUGUUGACAGCAAAAAAAAUGUGCUUUGCUUUGCCGUCCAUAUACCUAAUGGCCUUCAUCAAUGAUUUAGUACUGAAAUAUAGUUUCAUAGAGUGAAACAACGUGCAUUAUACAUUUUUAAAUAUAUUCGGAUGCAUAUUAUUUACAUUUUCAAAUAUUUUUAUAAGAACAAUUAAAUAUUACAAGUGCGGAUCCAGGGAAGCGAUCAUGAGGUCAUGACCCCCUUUGAGCCUGACUAGAUAUUUUUGGUAAUAAAUGGGAUUAAUAAAAUACAUUGCCCUGACUGGAUUUCACCAUCUCAACGCUCCUCCCUUCCGACUUUAAGGCUGGUUUCGCCUUGUACAAAAUGGUUCAAUUUGCUAAAAUUUGUGUAAUCUAUUUAAAUUUAUUUAUCUCAGAUCAUAGAAAGUAGCUGAAUCGACUUUCUAUGAUCUGUUAAUUAAUGGUAAAAUAUCUAUCAAUGUUAAGAAAAUAUUGAUAAUAAUAAAUGUUUACGAUUAUAUAUGUUACAGCGCAAAUAAAUGUACUACAAAUAUAGAAUAUUACAAUGUGAUCGCGAUUUUCGUUAUUAGAUUUUAUUAUAUUAUUUUUAAAUUUACAUCUUUGUCAUUAUGGCUUAACGAAUAAAGAUAUUAUCUUU